AUGGAACACAGAAGAUUGCGCAAAGGGCCGCUGCCUGGAGGUCGUCAGGGCGCGUCUGGAGCUGGCGCUGGACGCGACAGCAUGCGAACCGCCAGCCGAGCGCGAGGUGCUGCACGACCACCCAGCAGCCCCUCGCAUCCAUCAUCCACACCAGCUUGCUUGGUGUCGGCAGGGUCUUCGCAGACCCAGCAAUCGGCACCCGCCACUGGUGGAGUACGCCGCAUGCGAUGGACCAUCAAUAUGAAUACAAACGCAUUGCGGGCGUAUUUUAGGGCGAAAGGGGGAGAAAUUGGAAGUUUCGCGUAUCGGGCUAGGAUGCAUCGUCUUUUUACUGAGCUGGAGCCAUCUAUUACUGUCACCGAGCAAAACCUGGCAGACCGAGUUCGGUAUAUCUUACGCUCAAAUAUAUUUGAUGGCGCCGAACUCGAACGGCUACGACCUGAGGCUGUUCCCUCAUCAAAUGAAAACGCUACGACUGGGGGUGCGGUGCCACAAGUUGCAGAACAACCCGCACACGUGGAUGCCGCCGAGAAUACCCCAGUGGUUGCUGAUUCAAAUGAUGAUGGAACAUUCACCCAGGAACUAGAAAUAGAGCAAAUGAGGAGUACAUUGGAAGAGGCGAUUAUGGAAACGCGCAGUACGCCUCUCGAAAAUCGACCGCGACUUCCCCGCAUAGCCCUAAGCAAGCGGAAUCGGGCUGUCGUGAGGGCUCUGAACCCAAUACUGGUGACCUAUUUGGAAGCCAGCCGGGACCUUUGCGAGACGGACUCAAUUCUCUUUGGCGCCGCACUGGCAGUCUGCCGUAUUAUAGGCGCCAAACUUUCCACGGCUGGACGCACUACUGGACAAAGUAGUGCUAUCCCAGCCUGGAGAACAAGAAUUGAAGAACGUAUCGCAAAGGCUAGGGCCCUCAUCGGCAGACUGAUAUGCUUCAGGUCAGGCAAUACCAGGCCAAGGAUUGUGCGCACCGUCAGGAUGGCGUUUGCUGCACAACGCACAAAUGUUAACGUUUGUCCCAGCCGGAUAUAA